AGGUCUUCCAAUUCCCAUCAUGCUCUGCGCGAAACUGGACACCGCGCCCCCCCCCCCCGAUGCUGUGCGCUAUAAUAUAUGCUUUCGACCUUCCUCCAAGCGCUCCCGACGCUUCAGCGGCUCUGCUCCUCUCUCUUCCGCGGCCUUCUUCCCAGCAUCCCUUGCACUCAUUUGUGUUCUACCCCUUCUUCCCGGCAUACCCCGCGGUCUUCAAUACCCUUGACAAAUGACGCCAAGAUGGCGACUGCUACUAGUAUCAUACAGCGGGUUCGCAACUGGUUGUCGGGGCGAAACUUGCAAGCCAAACUGCAGCUACGCUACACAGAGAUCUCUAAGCGGACUCAGCCCCCUCCAGUCCUUCCUGUUGGCCCCAGCCACAAGUUCGCCAACAAUUAUUACUGUACUCGAGACGGGCGCCGGCAAACUUUCCCUCCAGUUGUCAUCGUCUCAUCGCAGAAAAUUUUGGCCCCAGGAGACCAAGUGGCCAACAGGCUGGAAUCUGCCGUGGAAGUAGCCGAGAAACGACCGGUGACGCCUGGCCCCGUGCCUCGGAAACUGGAGCUAUCCAAAGACGAACCGUAUCUGUGAAUGAAUUGGGAUCGCGCAAGGAUGGCGGUGAUGCCGCUUGGCAGGAUAACGGCUGCAGGUGUGAUACUGUGUGGAAAUAUUUCAGGCUACGGGACGUCUGGUUUGUCUGGGGUGUAAGUGAUUAAAGAGACUCAAUCCUUAA